AUGGGCAACCACGCGCUGAUUUAUGGCGCUUCUGGAAUUUCUGGAUGGGCCAUUGUCAAUGCUAUCCUGAACGGAUACCCUUCCAAGGAUGCUUUCUCACGAGUAACAGCGAUGGUCAAUCGACCGCUGACACGUGAGAUGGCUCUCUGGCCUGACGAUCCAAGAUUGCAGAUAGUCUCUGGUGUCGAUCUUAUCAAGGGCACACAAGAAGAGCUAGAGAAGCAAAUCAAAGAAAAGGUCAAGGAUGUUGAGACCGUGACACAAGUGUACUUCUAUUCAUACAAGCAGAUCGACGAACCAGAAGCCGAGUGCAAGACCAACGAAGCGAUGUUGGAGCGCGCUGUGACUGCGAUCGAUCAUCUGUCCUCCAAACUAUCGUACGUACUGCUUCCGACAGGAACCAAGAUCUACGGUUGCCAGAUGUUAGACAAGUUCCCAUUCGCGAACGACCUACCGCUCAAGGAAACACUUCCACCGAUUCCCGAACCGUACCUUUCCCAGCUUUUCUACUACAACCAGAUUGAUUGCUUAAAACGCAUCUCCAAAGGAAAGAACUGGAGCUGGUGCGAGGUCCGGCCAGACAACAUCAUCGGUUUCGUGCCGAAUAAUAACGCAUACUGCCUUGCGCAAACACUGGCGUUGUACCUUUCGCUAUAUCGAUCGGUUGAGGGCGAGGGCGCAAAGUGCCCAUUCCCUGGUACUGAGAAGUCGUGGAUGAACAAAUACAAUGAGUCUCCACAAGAUAUGGUUGCGCACUUUUCCAUCCACGCGUCUUUGAACCCAGAGAAGACCGCGUCGCAAAGCUUUAACGUGGGCGGUCAGGAAGAUAGCUGGAGCGGCAAGUGGCCGGUAAUUUGUGAUUACUUCGGUCUGAAGGGUACCGGGCCUGAAGAGGGCUCACCACAGCCGGGCGCGUACAUUGACGCGCAUAAGAAGCAGUGGGAGGAACUGGAGAAGAAGCACAAUCUCAAGAAGGGAAGCGUCGAUAGCGAUAUCACGCACCCUGGAUUCCAGUACUUCAUCAUGACAAUGUUCGACUUCGACCGCCAGAUGAGUAUGGAAGCUUCGCACAAGGUUGGAUACACGGAGGAGAUUGGGACGAAGGAAACAUGGACGACUGCGUUCGAUCUAAUCCUGCUGCUGAUGUCAAGCUUCCCCCACAAACGACCGGGCGCGAACCUCAACCUUCCACUACGCAUACUUCCGCUCGGCGACUCGAUAACUUGGGGUGGCCAGCCGGGUGCAGAUAACGGGACAGAUGGAUACCGCGCACAACUAAUCCACGCGCUUAUACGUGCGCGCUACGCGUCGGUGAACUUUGUCGGCACGCAGCGCUCUGGGCUCAUGCCCAACAAUGACAACGAGGGGCAUCCAGGGGCCACCAUCAGCGAGCUUCAGGGCCUGAUGAAAGCUGGACUUCAGAUGCGACCGAAUGUCGUCUUGUUGCAUAUUGGCACGAACGAUCUUGCUCGACCCGAAACCGCAGAAGAGAAGUGGGCAGAUGCGCCGAAGCGUUUAGCAGCGUUGUUGGACGACGUGCUGGACAUGUGCCCGGACGCUGCGGUGCUGGUUGCGAAGAUCAUACAGGGAGCGGAUACACAGGCGCAGGAAAACAUAAAGAGGUUCAAUGAUGCCGUGCCUGCAGUUGCGAAGAAGAAGCUUGAUCAGGGCUUCAAGGUUGCGGUUGUCGACCACAGCGUCGUCCUGCCCGAGGAGUUAGUUGACGGGCUACAUCCGUCCUAUUCCGGGUACUUUCACAUGGGAAACAUCUGGUUCGAUGCUAUCAAAGCUGCCAGUGGCCUACACGUCAUAACACCGCCCGUCGCAGCACAAGAAACAUGA